AUGCUCGCACCGCACACUCAGCAAGCGAUCUCCAAGGCCCUGACGAUCUUUUGGCGUGUAGAUCCCUUCGAGGCCAAGUGGACCAUUCUCGCCAAGGCAUACAGCAUCGUGUGCGGAUGCCGCAAGAAGAAGGAUGCUCCGCUUGACGACUUCUUCGCCAUCUGCGCACUAGCACAGACUCUGCCCUGGUAG